AUGGGAACUGCUCCUGCCGCCACUGGAAUCGUUACAGCCGUCAUCGUUGGAUUCACGAGCCUAACGAUAUUCAGUAUCAUUCGCGGUCCAGAAGCUGUCCUUCACUCCUUCAUGCAUUUGACCUCUUCUCUCUCUUCAAAAAUCAGCACGGUUGGCCAGAAAAUGCCCAAUGUAGUAUGGAGAGUUUACGAUAUCGUCAAACCAGUCGCCCUAGUCAUCUACGAUAUCCUCCGUGUAGUAACCCCCAUCAUAUUCGGGUUCUUCUUUGUGAUCUUCGGUGCUAUAAGAGAUUCUCUUUUAGCACUCACCGGAGUCGUCAAAGCAAUAAUGAAGCAAGUGGAGGAGCGUCGCACAGCCGGACAACAGACCAAUUCACGGUGCCUCGUCAUGCAUGCCUUAUAUAUUCAAACAUUCCCGACCUACAGGGAUUCUUAUACCAAAUAUCUACGUGAAGAUACCAUGAUUCGCUUCAAACAUCGAUUAACCGUGCGCAUGAAACAUCAUCGAGACCAUGAGUUGGAAGAUAUUGCCAUACGAGCUCAGACCAUCAGUCACCUGACAACCUCAACCAUUCCGAACGAUGCAACAACUGUCUUGGGGGUGUUCAUUAUAGUCUGUCUCGUUGCUCCUCUUAUUCUCCUCAUCAUCGGUUUUGCUCCCUGGGGUGUGAUUGGUGGAUCUCUGGCUGCUUUCAUCCAAUCACUCAUUGGAGAUGUAGUGGCAGGCUCACUUUUCGCCUUGCUUCAGUCACUGGCAACCGUGCUGAUUUUUGAAGAGAGAGAAGAG